ACUCUGAAUUCUCUAAAGUCAUUUCACGCUUUCCCCAAAGCCAUCAUCUCUCUCUCUCUCUCUCUCUCUCUCUCUCUCUCUCUCUCUGCUCGUUGUUCUUCGGGUGCAACACAACAGUGAGAUUAUUACUGCCGGAAAAUGAGCUCCGUAACAUUUUUCGUCUCUUGAAGCUUUGAUCGAUUCAUUUCAUUCCUUACUUUCUUAAUUGCGGAAGGAGUUGAAUUCGAAGUGUUGCAGUUAUGGACGCUAAACAAUUCGAAGUUUACAAAAGUUCUUUCCUUUGAAGCCGAGAGCUGCCCUUUUUCAUCAUAACAGUUUUUUAUCCUGUGCCUCUGGCUGUGAGUUUUGGCUUCUCUCUUGAUUGUUUAGUGGAAGCACCAAGUCGCUCUGGAUAGGAUUGGAGGCUUCUUCCCUGCUUUUCUUGUCCUUUGAUCAGCAUUUACUGCAUUAUUUGCAUCUCUGUUGGUGUUGAAGUGAUGGACGCGUUCUCAGCCAUGCUUUCUUCUUAAUUUCUAGCUUAAAAUCCAUUUGUUAUGCCCUUUGCAUCAACUUGUUUUUUGAUAGUUGGAGAGAUCAUCAAAAGAAUGGAUAUGUUGCUUUUGACUUCAACCGAGCCCCCAAUGAAGCGCAGAGCUGGUUUGUUUAUAGUUCAGGCUGGACGAGGAUCAUAUCGUGGAAGUUAGUCAGCGAUUUGAUGGUAAAUUGUGUUGCUAUUAUCUGAAUUUUUGGAGCUUUUGAUUUAUUAUUUAGAAUAAAGAAGAAUGAGAGCUGCUUCCUUGAGGCAUUUCUUGCAAAGUCUCUGCUCCAAACCUCCAUGGAACUACGCAGUGUUCUGGAAGCUUCAGCACGAGUACGCUACGAUUUUAACAUGGGAAGAUGGAUAUCUGGACAUUCCUUGUGCUAGAGAACCUUACAGAAGUCUAAUAGGCAAUUAUUACAGCAAAACCUUGAAUGAGUUAUUCCCAAACUGUGGAUCAAGAUCGCAUAAUGGAAAUUUGGGUGAACAUCCAAUUGGCUUAGCCAUGGCUGAGAUGUCAAGUACUUAUCACGUUGCAGGAAAAGGGGUGGUUGGUGAAGUGGCAUCUUUGUGCAUCCCACACUGGAUUUCUUCCGACAGUAUAGCACCUGCAGAGCUCAGCUUUGGUUCUGUUGCUGAGUGUCCAGAUGAGUGGCUGCUUCAGUUUGCUGCUGGCAUUAAGACUAUAUUGCUGGUACCUUGUAUUCCUCACGGUGUUCUGCAACUAGGAUCAAUGGAAACGGUAGCUGAAAACGUGGAGAUGGUUACCAAUCUAGCUGAAGAACUUGAUGCCCAUUUCAAAUUUGUGGAGAACUUUUUACCUGGUGGAGGAAACUGUGAAUUUCUUCUACAGUCUACUCUCUCAGAGAGUUUGGAUAUACUAUCUGCAACUACCACAAUUAAGGUUAAUGAAGAUGAUUUAGCUGCUGAUAUAGCAAUUCUGAAAGAUCACAAGUUAUCAACUGCAUUUCUGAUGACUUCAUCAAUUGAGGUUCAACAUCCCUUUCAAUUAUCUGGACAAAACAUGCGAAAUACCCUUGAGGAUGCCAAUGAAAGCAAAAUUGGCAAGUUCGAUGAAAACGUGCCAAAUGUCCUAGAAAAUGCAAAUGAAAGCAAAAUUGAAAUGCAACAUGCAGACAUGAUUAAUCAAGUGAAACAACUCAAUCAUGAAUAUUCUGAUGAUAAUAAAUCAGGGAUAACAGAAAACAGCUUGGAUAGAUCUUCUUGCCAUGCAAAAGAUGUAGAUACCUUUUCUUACUCUAGCUGCAAUGUCGUUGGUGGAGUUAAUGCUUCCAAUGAGCUAGAUUUUUACUUUGACGGAGACGUGCUAGAUACACAAUCUCUUGGAAUGGAUUGCAGUGACACUAUUGUCGGAAACCCAACAGAAUGUGAACUAUACAAAGCCCUUGGAAGUACAAUUCACAACAACUUGUCUGGCUUUAGCGAGAAUACUGCUAGCAAAUCCAUGUAUACUGCUGAUCCUAUGUUUAAUAUUGAGCUAUCUUUUGGGGAAUCUAAUGGAUGGCCUCUGAAAGAAGAUAAUGCAGAGAAUCUUCUGGAAGCUGUAGUUGCCAGUUCACUCAACAAAAUGACUAGUCUGGAAUCGUUAAACAUGCCAUUAGAAAAACCUGUUCCUUUCUGCAAAAGGAAAAAUCAAUCUACAGAAAGUGCUUUGGUUGGAGACAACACAGUUACAUGGAGAACUCUUACAUCGGCUUCUGCUGGGGCAGAUAGAUAUGCUUUGACUAACUGUUCGCCUUCUGCUUCUUCAUUUGGUUGUGUUGUCAAUGCAUUUAAUGAGGGGCAGCAUCAGACGAAAGCCUUUAGCUCUCUGAGUUGUCGUAAGGAGUCAAAAAUAUCUAAUACCAACAAGAAAAGGGAACGGUCUGGUGAUAGUCAUAGACCCAGACCACGAGAUAGGCAGUUAAUUCAGGAUCGGCUUAAGGAGUUGCGACAACUUGUCCCUAAUGGUGCCAAAUGUAGCAUUGAUGGUUUACUACAUAAAACCAUAAAGCACAUGCUGUUUCUGCGAAGUGUUGCUGAUCAGGCUGAUAAACUAAGGUGCCAGGCUCAGAAAGAGGUAGCCCCAGACAAGAGCCUCCAAUCACCUGAAUUAAAAACUAGUGAUCAACGAGGCACAAGUUGGGCUCUAGAAUUGGGAAGUGAGGAUCAGAUAUGCCCUAUAAUUGUCAAAGAUUUGGAGUACCCUGGACACAUGCUUAUAGAGAUGAUGUGUGACGACCAUGGACGCUUCUUAGAAAUCGCUGAUGUUAUUCACCGUUUGGAGCUGAGGAUUUUGAAGGGUGUGAUGGAAAAGCGUCAAGAGAGCACCUGGGCUCACUUCAUCGUUGAGGCCUCAGGAAGCUGCCAUAGACUGGAUAUCUUCUGGCCACUGAUGCAGCUCUUACAGCAGGUUCCAAGUUCUAUUUCGUGCAACAUGUAGUUGGUUUAUUAAAUCACGAGGAGAUGUGAUGAUUGGAGCUAUUGAACCUCGUCUAUUGUUGAUAUACCCCUAUGAACAUGUGAUAGAUAUGUCGUAUGCGCCAUGUGAUUUCCGUAUCAAGGUUGAGGCCUUGAAUUCUAUUAUUUGUAACUACCAAAUUGCAUCUGUUAGUUUACUAUGAACGUUUGAUAUUAUUAUGUAACUAUGUGAAUUUAUGAAGGUUGAACCUCCUGGUUUUAACGAGGCUAGUAUUAUACUC